AUGGAGGUAGAUUGGAAGGCUAUUAGUGAAAACAUAUCCCAUUAUAUUGAUGAUGAUACAUUCUUAUCUUCUACAAAACCUCUACAUAUAUGCAAAGUUCUCAAUUCUACAACUUUAACUCCAACUCAAUUUUCUAAUUUGUUCAAAAAUCUUGCAGAUUAUCAUGGUAAAGAUGAUAUGUUUAAGAUGAUGAGUCGUGCUCAUAUAGCUGAUUUCAAGACUAGAAAAGAAGUUGAAGAAGUUGAAGAAAUUUUCAAUUCUGUUUUCGGAAUUCCAACUCUAACUAAAAUAUUUUCAUUUUAUAAAAAUGGUAAACAAUUGGAAAGCCAAAAUGAAACUGAGGAAAGAAGAUGCGAAUCCAGUUCUAGACCAUUAAAACUUCCCAAUUAUGUUUCAUUUGGUCGUGGUGGUUUUGAAGUGAUACUAAAAUGUUCUGGAUCAGAAUGCAUAAUAUCAGGUAUCGACAUCAAACAUAUGGAUACAACACAAUUUUUCCAACAAUUUCAAAAGGCAACAGGUAUUUCCGCGGAUCAAUACAAGCUGAGGGCUGGUAAUAAACAAAUUCAACAUGAUCAUCCUUUAUCAGAUUAUAAUAUCCAACCAGGCAGUAUUCUUAAUUUAGCUUGGCGAAAUCGUGGCGGAAAGCCAGUAAUAUAUUUAUAUCCUAUGGAAGAAAUGGAUGUGAAUGUUAACAUCAAAAUCAAUGAUGGUAUUUUCUCAUUUGUUUACCCUUCUUUCGAUGAAGGAAGUACAUGGAAAGUUAAAGCCAAUCCAUCAGGAGAAAUCAAACAUAGAGGUAAGAAGAUGAGAUAUCUCUUCUGGGAAACACUCUUCUAUCCAAAUCUUAACAUGGAAAGAGGUUUCGUAAUUAAAGGUCAAGAAAGCAUUGAGUUCUUCGAAGACAAGCUUAAAAUGAUGAAUCUCAACGAUGCUGAGAUAUGUGACUUCAUUACAUACUGGUGUCCCAAGCUUGUCGCCUACAAAUUCGUCAAAAUAUGCUUCCAGUUCGAAAACUUUGAUGAGAUGUGUCCAAUGACUGUAGAACCGAAGCCACAGAACAUAAACAGAGUAUUCUUUGCCGCUCUCCCUCUCGAUAUUCCUGAAGAAAUUGAACCACAAGAUCUUCCAAGAUUCAAACGUGAUGGCUUCACAGUUAUUGAAUGGGGUGGAACAAUUGUUUCAACUUUAAACUACUAA